AUGCCGUCCAUGCACGCGUCCGCGUCGCAGCAGCAGCUCCGGGGAUCGGGCUCGGCGCGCGUCGGCGGUUCGACGUCGUCGUCGUCGUCGUCGUCGUCGUCGAGCGUCGCGCGCGUCCUCGGCGCGUCGCCGACCUGGGUCCUCGCGUGCGUCGCGGCGGCGGUCCUCUUCUUCAUCGCGAGCGCGACGACGAUCGUCGGCGGCGUCGGCGGCGUCGUCGGCGUCGUCGGCGUCGGCGUCGGCGUUCGCGGCGGCGUCGCGUCGCCUCCGGACGUCCUGUGCGACGGCCUGCCCCCUUACGUCGUGAUGGUCGACGCCGGAUCCACGGGCUGCCGCGCGCACACGUUCCGGGUGCUCCCGGGCGACGCGAACGCGAAGCCGCCGCGUUCCUUUGCGCUGCGCGCGGUCGGAGAGAAGGUCAAGUCGAAGGACGCGCUCGCGUCGCUGAGCGGGAAGACGGACGCGGAGAUCGCGGACGCGCUGCUUCCCAUGCUGACGGAGGCGGUCGAGAAGGUGCCGGCGAGGGAUCGAUCGAGGACGCCGCUGUACGUGUGGGCGACCGCGGGGCUGAGGGUGCUGUCCGAGGUGGAGCAGGACGAGCUGUGGGCGAGCGUGGACGCGAUCGCGCGCGCGAAGACGCCGUUUAAGAUCGCGGAGAAGGGGGACGGAUCGGAGGACGACCGGAUUCCGUCGUCCUCCGCGCACUUCAAGACGAUCGAGGGCACGGACGAGGGGUUCUACGCGUGGCUCGCGGCGAACUACCUCGCUGGCGUGGACCUGACGAGGGUGGGUCUCGGCGAGCCGCUGCCGGCGACGAUCGGCGCGCUCGACGUCGGCGGCGGCAGCGCGCAGAUCGUCGGGUUCUCGGGCGGCGGCGGCGCCGGCGCUUCGGGCGCCGGCGCCAACGCGACCGCCGCCGCCGCCGCCGCCGCCGCGUCGCCGAGGAGCCUCGCGGAGCUGAAACGCGGCGUUUACGUCAAGAGUUACCUCGGCUACGGCGCGAGCCAGCUCGAGAAGAAGAUGUGGAGAGAGCUCGCGCUCGAGGCGAAGUCUGGGGGCGCGAACGCCGCGGACAACCCGUGCGGGUUUCGAGGGAGGAACGAGACGCUCGGCGGGAGAGGGUUCGGAGACGUGGACGGGUUCGCGCUCAGAGGCACGGGCGACCACGCCGCGUGCUUGACCGCGACCAGGGCGGCGAUCUCCGCGCUGCAGCGCGCGGGGCGAACGGAGAUGCGCAUGCCGGAGGAGCUGCGCGGGACGAAGUUUUACGGGAUGUCGCUGCUGUAUCACGUCACGCACUGGCUGUCGAUCGCGUUUCCGGGACGUUUGGAAAAUUUCCCCACGUCGCCGGUGUCGGAGUUUUCCUCUGCGGCGAAAGACGCGUGCGCGUGGGAGUGGGACGACGUCGUCGCUCGCAUGGACGGCAAGGACGAGAACACCGCGAUCGAUCGCUUACCCGGUCGGUGCUUCGACGGCGUCCUCGCGGAGGCGCUCUUGACGGCCGCGGACGACGACGAAGGCGACGGCGGCGGCGGCGGCGGCGGCGGCGGCGGGAAAAUCGCCGGAGGGUUCGGGUUCGAUCGAUACGCGAAGGACGUCACGUUCGUGGAGAACGUCAACGGCGGCGACGUCGAGUGGACGAUGGGCGCGGCGAUAUCGCUGUUGCAUCCCGCCGCGGCGCUCGGCGGGGGCCAGGAAGCGUCCAGGGAGCUCGACGGACGGUGCGCGCGGACGGCGGCGGCGGCGACGGGCGGCGGCGGUGGCGGCGCGGGCGGCGGCGGCGGCGGCGGCGGCGGCGGCGCCGCGUCGUUCUUCGCGCUCGUCGCCGUCGGCGGCGUCGUGUGGUACGCGGCGACGCGGGGGAGUGGGCGGGGCGGGACGCUGAGCAAGAGCGCGAGCGGGACGUUGCGCGGGCGCCCGUGA